AUGUUAAAAGUGUCAUUGAGUGUGUUCCUAGGAGGAACCACUACUGGAAAUUGGAGACUUUAUCCUAUACUGAAGGAAAUUUGGAGAUAUGCAUCUUGUUUCUCUACUAUCCAAUGGCAGUGGAUGUCGAGAAGAGCAAAUGACGCAGCACAUGUUGCUGCUGGUUUAGCCAACGUGAGCCAUCAAAUUCAAUGUCUUACACUCAAAUUUAUAGUAAGGAAAGUGAUAGCAAUGGAAGCACACAAUUGCAAAAUGGUGAUGGCCAAGGAAAACACAAACCGAGGAAAGGGUUGGCAAUUACACUUAAGCAUCAAAAGUUCAUACAAGAAGACCACUGGGCCUUCGAAACUCCCAACUAUUGGUUGGUUGGUUAAUGGAGAUACAAAAGACUUAUCUUCCUCAUCUAUACGUAUACUUUCUUUCGACUUCAAGAAAAAGAAGUUCUAUUGGACUCCUCAUCCUGUGGCCUUAGAGAAAAAGCCGAGUCUUCGGAAUUUUCUUCACGUGCUUAAUUUCAAGGAAUCUUUAGCUCUAGUGGAAUUUUCUUCAUCAGAAGAUAAAUAUAUGAAGAUAUGGGCAUUGAAAAAUAAUUAUGGUAACAAAGAAUGGGUGCUAAAUUACAAAAUAGAUGCAGGACAAUAUCUUCUUUCUCUUCCUCUUGGGAAUCUUAGUCUCUCUGAGUGUGGCGAAUGGGAGCACGACAUAUUUUUCAACCAAUAG